CCAGUUGAGUUUUGUUUGUGGACUGAACUAGUGUGUGUUGCGUGAGUGGAAGAUUUUUCUCAUACAAUUUUUUACCGUUUUUUGCGGGAAAAGCAAGGAAAAUCGUCAAUAUUGAUCAUUUUGGGUGUGAAAAACAAAACAAUACGUCAAGGAAAAGUCACAACUGUCAAGUGAGCGCACGUAGAAGGUUCUCUCGUGCAUUUUCCCGCUGAAAAAUUCCCUCCUGUGUAUUUUUCCAUCCCCGACCGUUUUUUUUUAUUCAUUCUCUCUUCCGUAACCGCCAUUUGUGGAGGGCGAAAUGUGUGAAUUAUUCGAUGAUAUGAGCUCAGGAUUUCACGAUGUUUUCCUCAAUAAAUUUUCGGAUCCCGGACCUAUAAUGGAUUUCUAUAUAUCAGAUUCAAUGCAAGACAUGCUGGACAUUGAUAUAAGAUCAGAAGUUGCCACAGUAGUUGGUGGUGCGAGUGAAUUCUCAUCAUUAAUCAACUACGAUCUCCCAUCAUUGGAUCUCGAUUCAAAUUCAAAUGACGGAGAAAUCUCCUGGCUUGGGGGACCCAAAUGGUCAGCUGGGAAUGACAUCUACGCAGACGUUGGGGCGUGCGUCAAUCCGAAUUCUGUGAUGCCCGUAAUUUCGUCGUCGGUAUUCACAGCAUCACCGCGUAAUCAGCUGAAUCUCAAUACAAAUGUCAAUUUAGCCCAUGGUGGGUGCUCACCGGCGAGUCCGAAGGAGAAGAAGAGUCACUUGACGUUCUCACCGAAUCCCAUUAAGAUCCCCAUGGUGAAGGAUACGACGCACACAACAACGGUGAAUGGGAUGAAGGUUAGUACGUUGAAUAAUUCACGUAUUGAGGCGAUAAAGAGGGAUUUGAGUGAUGAUCUCAAGGUAAAUGAGAAGCCCAAUGGGAAGCACCACCAUCAAAUGGGUGGGAUGCCACAGAUAACGACAAGCACAACAAAUGGGGGGAUCCUGAAGAAGAUGAGCGGCAAUACGAUUGAGUUGGCAGUGGGUAUUGGGGGAUUGACCUUUGCCAAUAACAAUACGGGCAGCAUUGCUAAAUUGAAGCAGAAUGGCACAAUAAAAUCCUCCCUGACCAAUGGCAAUAUAAUUGUACAUAAGCGCGAGCGCGAAUCUAGUCCGCAUCACCAUUCAAAUGGUAUCAGUCAUCACAUUGGUAAUGGCAUCAAUGGGGGCCAUGGGAAGUUGCUGCAGAAGAGUAUUGUGAUGACAUCAAAUGGCCACACACGGCACACGCUGGCCAAUGGGACAAAUCUCAUUGCAACAUCAGCUCCGGGGCAGACGAAGAUUAAGAUUAAGGCAGCCGGGAUGGAAUUCCCGAAGCCAGCUUACUCCUAUUCCUGCCUCAUUGCCAUGGCACUCAAGAAUUCCCGCAGUGGCAGCCUGCCCGUGUCGGAGAUCUACAGCUUCAUGUGUGAGCAUUUCCCAUACUUUAAGACCGCUCCCAAUGGGUGGAAGAACAGUGUGAGGCACAAUUUGUCCCUCAAUAAGUGCUUCGAGAAGAUUGAGAAGCCCACGACAAAUGGGGGGCAGCGCAAGGGAUGCCUAUGGGCAAUGAAUCCGUCGAAGAUCAGCAAAAUGGAUGAAGAGGUGCAAAAAUGGUCACGAAAGGAUCCCCUUGCUAUUCGCAAGGCAAUGGUGUUCCCGGAGAAUCUCGAGGCACUGGAGAGGGGUGAAAUGAAGCACGGGCACAGUGGGGAUAGUGACAUUGAGAAUGAGGGGCAUUCGGAAUCAGAGGGCAACAGUGAUUCCGAAGCAGAGGCAGAGGAGAGUGAGAUUAUGGAUACCCCAGAAUCCUGUGAUGAUGACGUCGAAGGGGAUUUUGACGUUGAGGUUGCUGAUUUGUACGAUGAGAUCGACAUUGAGGACUCAAAGGAGCUCCUGUCGCUCAAUCAUAGCUUUGUGGAUGACAAUGGGGAUGUCCUUCCGCUGCCAAAGCGAGCACGAUUGGAUGUUAACUAUUCCAUCACACCUGCCACGCCAAAUUCUUUUGGGCUCUCGCAAAAUCAACACCUCAGUACGUCCACACCGCAACCGUCUCACAAUCGUCGAAAGAUGCAGCUUGUUAACCGAAUAGCCUAGGCUGGAUCCAAAAAAAAAUGGAAGAAUUAAAAAAGAGGGGGGUUAACCAUUGCUGGUCACUCCCCAAAAGGCAACCAAAUGUGAAUAUUGAACCACCCACGCGAGAGUAUGAAGGAAGUUGUCUCUUAUAUAGUAAUUCUCUACCCCCUCUCUAUGGAAAAUAAGUGUGUGAAUGUGUUUCUAUAUUAAAAAAAACAUGGUAAGUUUCCUCUUGAAAUUUCCGGAUUGUGAUGUGAGGGAGAAUUUUCUUUUUUUUUCUCAGAAAAAUGGGGAAAUAUAAAAAAAAAAGAAAAUGCAUUGUAAAUUGCAAAAACCGGAAUGCGUGAAUGUCCUUAAAAAAUGGGAUUUUUUCUACCUUUAUUUGUUUCUAAAAUGAAGGAAAAAAAAUCUCAAAAUCACAGCUGGAAGACUCGUUUGAAGUCAGGUCCAAAAAAAAGAAGAAAAUUGUAAUAAUUUUGAAAUCUCUGUGACAUUUUAAAAGAAAAAAAAAGAAUGAACGUGAAGUCUUCAAGUGUUGAAAAAAGAGAGAAAAGAGUUUGAAAGAAAAUUCCAAGCAGAGUAAAAAAAAAGUUGUAGCUUUUAAUAAAAAAAAAUUCUUUACGCUUUUUUUUUAAUAAUAAUUAUUAUACCUAUUAUAUAUUAUGUAUCUCUUUUUGUAAAUAAUUUUCCUUUCACACCCCAUUCUCCCAAAUAAAAUAAAAAAGAGAGAGAAAUUGCAA